CCACACAGUAAACAGGGUCUUCCGCCAAGGUCACGCAACCGAGUGGUGAGACUACCAAUGAGAUCAGAAGACAUUUCCGGAGUAAUAGGCGUGGCCUGGUAUUAGUAAUUGUGAUUCCAGAGCGCAUGUGUAAGCAGACACAAGUUCACGGUCGUUGACGAUGGCGGCGUCUACAGUCAAGAAGUCGUUCGUUCGCGUUAAACUUUUAGAAGUAUCGUGUGGCCAACUGCAAGUUAAUACGCCCUACGCUGCUGUCAGUGUACUAGACGCGGAGGAGCAAAACGGACAGUCGAAAAUGGUGCAGAAGAAGCCGACAUUCUAUCCAGAUUGGGGACAGUGCUUCGAUUCGCACGUCGGGAGGAAACGACAACUGGCUCUCACGAUCUACGACGAACCUGAGAUGUUUAUCGCCGAGGUGAUUGUCGAGAUCGAAUCACUAUCGGAGCAAUGUCGAGGGAAGCCAAAUCAGAUCACUCGCAUCUCGUUGGGCAUGAAACCGGAGGGAACGUUGUUGCUGCAAGUCAAGUUGUUUGGCGAGUUGGAAGAUGUGGCACCAAUGGAAAUCAAAGCUCAAACACUGAAGCGGCCAGAUUUGAGGCAACAAGACUUGAAACAAGCGGUUGCUGCUAAGAACGGUACAGCUACAUUGGGGAUGAGAGGAAGGCGAGGAGCCAUCAAGCACCAGAAGCUACACAUAGUACGAGGACACAAAUAUGCAGGAAAGUUUUUUAGACAGCCAACAUAUUGCUCAUACUGCAAGGAAUUCAUGUGGGGAUUUGGAAAGCAGGGACUUUGUUGCCAAGAGUGUGGGUCUGUGGUACAUGUUAAAUGUCACAAAAACAUUCUAGGAAAGUGCCCAGGAGCUAAGGGAGAAACACACCAGACGAAGUUUCUCAAGGAACGAUUCGGCAUUAAUGUUCCUCAUCGUUUUCGUGUGAACAGUUACUUCCGGCCGACAUUUUGUGAUCAUUGUGGCCAGAUGCUGUAUGGAUUGUUUCGUCAGGGAUUGAAGUGUGAAGCUUGUAAUUUCAAUUGUCAUAAGCGAUGUCGUGGCAAUGUUCCGAAUCUGUGUGGUGUGAACGAGAAGCUACUGUCUGAAGCACUACAGGGUGUCGGGUCUCCACUUAAGGGAAAAGGCAAAGAGAAGAAAAAGGAUAAGAAAGAGAAAGAAAAGAAGAAGGACAUGAAGAAAGAAAACUCAAAAACAGAAGGUGUGAGAGCUAGCAAAUUGGUGCCAGGCGAAGGAGCCGUUCAGGGUCGCCCAGUUUCUGUAGCAAGUUUUGAUGACGACCUACUUGGAGGGGUAAAAGAGAAUCCAUACGAUGUUUCAGACAUUUACGAGGCUCUCACAGAUCUCAGCAGUGACAUCAAAGAAACUGCUCUUCCAAAAUUUUCUUCAGAUGAUUUUUCUUACCUUAAGGUGUUAGGUAAAGGAAGUUUUGGAAAGGUUAUGUUGGCUCAGUUGAAGAAAACAGGCGACUAUUUUGCUGUGAAAGCAUUGAAAAAAGAUGUUGUAUUGGAAGAUGACGAUAUUGAGUGUACUAUGAUAGAGAAACGAGUGCUGGCUGUUGGUUCUACAUAUCCAUUUCUGACUCAUCUUUACGCAUGUUUCCAGACAGAGGAUCAUUUGGUAUUUGUGAUGGAAUACAUUACUGGUGGCGAUCUAAUGUUUCACAUUCAACAAUCAACACGAUUUGAUGAAGCAAGGACAAGAUUUUACAGUGCAGAGAUAGUGCUUGGCCUUCAAUUUCUUCACGCCAAGGGUAUCAUCUACCGUGAUUUGAAACUGGACAAUGUGAUGUUGGACGGUGAAGGACACGUGAAAAUUGCAGAUUUCGGCAUGUGCAAGGAGAACGUGAUGGGUGCAGCUACAACACAGACAUUUUGUGGCACACCAGACUACAUUGCACCUGAGAUUGUAGAAGGAAAGUACUACAAUCGUGCGGUGGACUGGUGGUCAUUUGGAGUAUUGGUCUAUGAGAUGCUUGUUGGGCAGUCUCCUUUCACUGGUGAUGAUGAAGAUGACUUGUUUGAGUCCAUUCUUCAUGAUAAUGUGACCUAUCCUAGAUGGUUGUCUUCCGAAGCUGUCUCAUUUGUUAGCAAAUUACUGGAUAGAGAUCCUAAAUCUCGACUAGGAAUGCAACAGGACUCAGAACCAAUCCGGGGUGAAAGUUUCUUUAGUUCUAUAGACUGGAAGAAACUAGAAGCAAGAGAAAUCGAUCCGCCAUUUAGGCCGGAAGUUAAAGGCCUGGGAGAUGCCAAUAAUUUUGAUGCAGAGUUUACGAUGGAGCCGCCCGUGUUAACUCCUGCUGACACAGCACUUAUUUUGUCGAUUGAUCAAGAUCAGUUUCAAGGAUUUUCCUUCACAAAUCCUCUAUUUCAUCGCGCUUCUUAAUUAAUAACUGCAGGAUGGUCUUGCUGCUUUCUGCUAUUGAUUGCAUGUGCACGUACAUUGUGCUAUUUGGGCUAGUACACGCUUAGUUUAGUUCUAACUGUUGUUGUCAGUGUUGGCUUUUUAUUACUUGUACAAUUGCCGCCAUAUGUAUUGUAUUUAAUUAAUUAAUAAGCAACUGUGUGCGUGCAUGCAA